AUGCCUGCGCGGUAUGCUCUCUUUAGCCUUCUUGGCGUCUUUCUCUCCCUCGCUACCACUGCUGCAUCGUCGCACUGCUCCGAGGUGGCUGCGGCUGCGGCGGUCGAGGUUCGCUUCUUUCGUUCUAACGGCUCCGUCUGGCAGAUAUCACCCCGAGCCAUCGUCAGCGACGCAUGCGCCUCCUACUCGACCCUCGAGCGGCUGAACCGCAACGUCAAGCCGGCCCUUGACGAACUGACCCAGACGACCGACUUCUUCUCGCACUACCGGGUCAACCUCUUCCACAAAAAGUGCCCCUUCUGGAACGACGAGAAUGGCAUGUGCGGCAACAUUGCCUGCGCCGUCGAGACGCUCGACAGCGAGGAGGACAUCCCGCUGGUGUGGCGCGCCAGCGAGCUCGGCAAGCUGGAGGGCCCGCGCGCGAAGCACCCCGGCAAGAGCGCCCAGGCGCAGCAGCCCGAGCGGCCGCUGCAGGGCCGGCUGGGGGAGGGCGUCGGGGAGAGCUGCGUGUUCGAGUACGACGACGAGUGCGACGACCGCGAUUAUUGCGUGCCCGAGGACGAGAGCGCGUCCUCCAAGGGCGACUACGUGAGCUUGUUGCGCAACCCGGAGCGGUUCACUGGAGCUCGUUCCCGCGCUCGGCGGCGCUGGGGAAGUGAUGUGUCGGCCAAGGGGCCGGCUGCCAUGGACUUCAAGGCCGUAAUCGAGGCCGCGGGCCGGCAGCAAGUUUUGGAGGAGCAGCGGCAGAUCCAACCGCUGACCCCUUUCGUGGCGAAGACGGGGCUGGAAUACGAGGACGAGUGCCUCGAGAAGCGUGUGUUUUACCGCGUCAUCUCGGGCAUGCACGCGAGCAUCUCGACACACUUGUGCUGGGACUUCCUCAACCAGACGACCGGAGAGUGGCAACCCAAUGUCGCUUGCUACAUGGACCGGCUGCACGAGUUCCCGGACCGCAUCAGCAACCUCUACUUCAACUAUGCGCUUAUCACGCGGGCCAUUGCGAAACUGGGCCCGUAUGUCUCGCAACACCAAGACUACACCUUCUGCCAGGGCGACCCGGAACAGGACGCCAUAACACGCAGCAAGGUCAUGGCUGUCACGGAAAAGGCGACGAGCGUGGCGCACAUCUUUGACGAGAGCCUGAUGUUCAAGAACGGGGAGGGCCCGUCUCUGAAGGAGGACUUCCGCAACCGGUUCCGCAAUGUCAGCCGCCUGAUGGACUGCGUCGGCUGCGACAAGUGCCGCCUCUGGGGCAAGCUCCAGACUGUCGGCUACGGAACGGCGCUCAAGGUGCUGUUUGAGUUCGACAACAACGACGCGCCCGCGGUACCGAUCUUGAAGCGCACCGAGCUGGUGGCUCUGUUCAACACCUACGCGCGGCUGAGCAGCAGCAUGACGGCCAUCCAGGAGUUCAGGGCCAUGGUCGAGCAGAUCGAGGCGGCCAGCAAGUUCGAGGAGCGGCUCAAGGAGGCCGAGAAGAUCAACAUUAUUCCCGGACCAGGUGAAGAAAGCCGCGGCCACGCCGUUCGUCCCAGGAUUCGUCGGGAGGCAGCACCUUCCGAAGCGGGCAGCCCGAGACGCUCCGCCAAGGAGGGGAGAGCCCUGAUUACGAGGAGCGGACCAUCAAAGGAGGACUUUUGA